AUGAACUCCACCCUGGUCAACUCGUUAGCCAGGGUUUACGACCCGAACCCUCUUCAUGGUCAGAAGCCUGGUGGAAGGAAGUCGUCUCUUGGCGGGCACCAGGCUUCUUCGUCCUCUUCUCACGACGCCGCCCUGCACAGCGUGGAGAGCCGCAUCGACUCCCUGAGCUCUCAGAUGGAGCGCCUGCUCAACAUGCAGCAGACUGUCCUGACCCGGCUGGACGGCCUGUCCCAGGACGUCAGGGGCAUGGGUCAGGAUCUGGCCUCCAUGCGUGAAGCCGGCCACGGCGGGAGGCGGGAGUCCGGGGUGGGGUCGGCGUGCCGGGAGCUGCGUGGGGCAGUGGAGAGGCUCAGCGAGCGCACGGAGAGUCACGGACACCGGCUGGACGGCGUGGAGAAGCUGGUGGAGGGCACCCAGCAGGUGAUCAGCUUCAUCGGGGAGGUGGUGAAGAGCUCCAGGCUGGUGGAGCUGCUCUUCAAACAGCCUGGACACAAGCAAGCGAGCAAGAAGGCGAAGGAUGAGAAGGAUAAAGCCAAACUGAGCCUGAAGGGUCUGAAGGCCCAGAAGAAGAGGAAGCCCCAAGAUUCCUCAGAUUCGGUGACCCUGAACGAGCCGGAGCUGCAGGAGCAGGUGGAGAAGCUCAACCGGCAGAACGCUGAUCAUUCCCAUGUGAACGCUGAGGCCGAGGCCCAGAGAGGAGAGGUGAGAGGCAGCGGAGGAAGACGCCAGGAGCCGGCCGAGCUGAUCCUGGACGGACCUCACACCUCGGUCCCGCAGUCAGGGGAGAGGAAGACCACCUCUGAGGGGAGAGAGGAGGAAGAGGAGGAGGAGGGGGAGGAGGAUGUCUUUGAGGACUCCGAGCCGGAGGAGGAAGAGGAGGAGAAGGGGGAAGACGUGAGAGCGGAACCAGCUGGGAAAGUGGAGGAUGAGGAGAAGAAGAGGCACAAAGGAGACGCUGAAGAAUCGGAGAAGGUCCCGAGUGUCAACGCAGACAUGAGCAAGACGCCUGUCCUGAAACAGGAAAGUUGUGAUGAGGUCGGGGAUGUGGCGACCUGCAGCAAGCGACGCGUCACGGAGGAACAUCUGGUGAAGGACGACCUCAAGAAGAGCAAGGUGGAGAGCGCAGAGGGGGGGGCGGCGGCGCUGGAGAAGAGCGAGCAGCAGGAAGCUCAGGCUGACGAAGCGAAGCCGGAAGAGGAAGAGGAGGCGGAAGACGGGGAGCCGGCGGUGAAGGAAUUCAUUAUCGACUCCAGCCCUCCGCCGCUGGCCCCGUUCGAACACUGCAUCGUGACGCCCAAGCCGCAUCAGAUCGGAACCUACUACACCAUCAACAGGGAUGAGGUCCUGGGGGGGGGACGAUUCGGACAAGUCCACAAGUGCACGGAGAACUCGUCCGGGCUGACGCUGGCCGCCAAGAUCAUCAAAGCCAGGAGCCAGAAAGAGAAGGAUGUUGUGAGGAACGAGAUCCAGGUGAUGAACCAGCUGAACCACGCCAACCUCAUCCAGCUGUACGCCGCCUUCGAGUCACGCCACGACAUCAUCCUGGUCAUGGAAUAUGUGGAGGGAGGGGAGCUGUUCGACCGCAUCAUCGACGAGAACUACAACCUGACGGAGCUGGACACGGUGCUGUUCAUACGGCAGAUCUGUGAGGGGCUGCAGUACAUGCACAAGAUGUACAUCCUGCACCUGGACCUCAAGCCAGAGAACAUUCUCUGUGUGAGCAGAGCCACGAACAAGAUCAAAAUCAUUGACUUUGGUUUGGCCAGGAGGUAUAAACCCCGGGAGAAGCUCAAGGUCAACUUUGGAACGCCGGAGUUUUUGGCGCCUGAAGUCAUCAACUACGAGUUUGUUUCAUUUCCCACCGACAUGUGGAGCCUGGGUGUCAUCACAUACAUGCUGCUCAGUGGCUUAUCUCCGUUUCUCGGGGACGACGACAACGAGACGCUGAACAACAUCCUGGCCUGCCAGUGGAACUUUGAGGAGGAGGAGUUCACAGACAUCUCGGACGAGGCCAAAGACUUCAUCACACGUCUGCUGGUGAAGAGCAAGAGCUGGAGGAUGAGCGCCGCCGAGUCGCUCCGACACCCGUGGCUGUCGGACCGGAGUCUGCACUACCGACUGAAUCAGAAGAAAAACAAGUGCCACUCCUCACACACUCCAUCACCAGAGAGCUCUGCAGAAACACUGUGAGGCUCCCGGCUGCCUUUGCCCUCGGAGCCCGACCCCGGACCAAUGCUGCUGUAC